GAAAUGCGAAAAGCGAAACUGAAAGUUAACUCACACAGACAUUUCAAAGACGCAGCAGAAAGAAGACCGUGGAAACGAAGAAUUAAAUUGAACAAAUGAAUGCAGCAAACAGGCUGUUGUGCAGGGGAAUUCAGGUUCACAUAUUUGGGUCAGAACUAACUUGGAGCAGAAUCUGAUCGGAUGAGUUCCAGUCUCUACCGAUAGGGGACACUGUUUGUAAAAUGAGUUUCCAAGAACCAGAGACCGGCGAUGGAACCCACAGCCCUGUGAGAAAGAGAGUCCGGGUAGAGAGGGCAGGGUCACCUCUACCCAGCUGUCUUUCUAUGAAGAGUGAUCAAUCAAAGGAGGAGCCGUACAACUUCAGAGGAGAGAUUACAGGUGAUCAAAGAGUCCGGGUAGAGAGAGCAGGGUCACCUCUACCCAGCUGUCUGUCUAUGAAGAGUGAUCAAUCCAAGGAGGAGCCGUACAACUUCAGAAGAGAGUUCAUAAGUGAUCAAAGGGCACGGGUAGAGAGGGCAGGGUCACCUGUACCCAGCUGUCUGUCUAGAAAAAGUGAUCAUUCAAUGGAUCGACCGGACAACUUCAGAGGACAGUUCACAGGUGAUCAAAGGAUCCACUACUCACCAGAGUCCUUUCGUUUACAAGAGAAGUAUUCCGAGAUACUAUCUUCCUCAAAACAGUCUCUCCUGCGUACUCUGAUGAAGCUGAAGAAGACUGAAAAGUUGAAACUGUUUCAGAGCCAUCUGAGUCAGGAUUGCCCAGAAUGCUUUAAUAGUCUUGCUGAAGAUCCUUCUGUAUUGGAUAAGUUUAUGAAGAUGAAGGAAUUGUUCAAGAGUCAUCAAAAUGAUGAUUCCCCAGAAUGCACUGAGAGAGAGCAGGAGGAUCCUGAGGCCCUGUACAUAGUUGAGAAGAUGCUGGAGACCUGUGGCAGUGAGGGGUCUCUGAAGAUCACACUCCACAUCCUGAGGAACAUGAAGCAGAAGGAUCUCACUGACUCACUGGAGAGAGAUGAGCAGCACAACGAAUCCAUAGAAAGAGCCCAGCAGGCACUGAAAACUGCUCUGAAGAAGAGGUUUGAAUGCAUAUUUGAAGGUUUAGCAAAGCAGGGCCACCCAAUCCUCUUCAAUGAGAUCUAUACAGAGCUCUACAUCACAGAGGGGGGAAGUAGGGGGAUCAAUAAUGAACACGAGGUCAGACACAUUGAAACAACAUCCAUGAGACAAACCACAACGGAAACUGCAAUCCUCUGCAAUGACAUCUUUAAGCCUUUACCUGGACAAGAGAAACCUGGAACUGUGCUUACAAAGGGCAUCGCUGGCAUUGGGAAAACAGUCUCUGUGCAGAAGUUCAUUCUGGACUGGGCAGAAGGAAAGGCCAAUCAGGACAUUGAUUUCAUCUUCACUCUUCCUUUCCGAGAUCUGAAUAUGAAAAAGGAGAAGGAAUUCAGUCUGAUGCAACUUCUGCAACACUACGUACCAUGACCGAAAGAGAUCAAAAAUGUUGAAGGUGAUGAAGUCAAAGUUGUGUUCAUCUUUGAUGGUCUGGAUGAGUGUCGACUUCCUCUAGAUUUUCAAAGCAAUGAGAUCUGCUGUGAUAUAACAGAGUCAUCAUCAGUAGAUGUGCUGCUGACCAACCUCAUUAAGGGGAAUCUGUUUCCUUCUGCUCUCCUCUGGAUCACCUCCCGACCAGCAGCAGCCAGUCAGAUUCCUCCUGUGUGUGUCCACCUGGUGACAGAGGUACGAGGGUUCAAUGACCCACAGAAGGAGGAGUACUUCAGAAAGAGAAUCAGAGAUGAGAACCGGGCCAGCAGAAUUAUCUCACACAUAAAGUCAUCCAGGAGUCUCUACAUCAUGUGUCACAUACCAGUCUUCUGCUGGAUUUCUGCUACUGUUCUGGAGACAAUGUUGGGUAAAGAGAGUGAAGAUCUGCCCAAAACUCUGACUGGAAUGUACACACAGUUCCUGCUCAUUCAGACUAAUGUAAAGAAUCAGAAGUAUCAUGGCACCGAUGAGAGAAACUCAAAGAAAGUGUCAGCAUCAGAUACAGAAAUCAUCCUGAAACUGGGGCAGCUGGCUUUUCUACAGCUGGAAAAGGACAAUCUGAUAUUUUAUGAAGAGG